AUCCAUUCUGUUCAGGAGGCCGAAUAAUACACCAACCGGAAAACGAGUGCGCGCUGGAUUGCGCAUGAGGUUGUCAAUAACAACAAAACAUCGUCUAAAUUAGAUUUCGCAGUCGAAAAAGCAUUACAACAUAUUUUGAUCGUGAACGCAAUUGUUGAUAUCUGCAACAGUCAUGCCUGGGAAUCCUGAUGAGCCCUACUACUGCUCUCAGCAGAUUAACAUCCCUCCUGCAUUGCCUGACAUCCUCAAACAGUUCACCAAAGCUGCCAUCAGGACACAGCCUACAGAUGUGCUCAGCUGGUCUGCUGCGUACUUCAAGGCAAUGUCCAAAGGUGAGAUGCCCCCUGUGAAGGAGAGGCUGGAGAUGCCUGUGGCCACACAGAAGACAGACACAGGACUCACGCCUGGACUUCUAAGGGUGCUCAACAAACAGCUGGGUCCCAAAAAGACAGUGCCCCUGAGACAAAUUGAGGAGAAGUGGACAGACAUUGCACUACCCAAGGAGCAGUUUGAUGAUCUUGUGCGAAUCGGUAGCUUUGGAGGGGAUGUGGAGUGGAACAAGUUCUUUGCUCUGGCUUGCUCAGCAGUUGCUGAUAACAUAACCCAAGCCAUGAAGACAGUGUGUGAGAUAUUGACUGCAGAGCCAGAAGGGGGGUCAGCCAAGAUCCCCUACCCUCUCUUCAAGGACAUCUACACCUACCUGGCCCAGAUAGACGGGGAAAUAUCACAGACACAAAUCAACGAAGUUUUCAACUUCUUACAAUAUGAUGUAGAAAAGCAGUCCAAUUAUGUGAUGCCAAGAAACUUCCUUAGUCCUGAAUGCCCCAAAAUGGGAUCAGUGUAGAUAGCAUUUACAAUCUCACUACGGACAUUGUUGUAUUAUGCGUACUUGUUACAGUCUGUUUUAAUCUCUCCAGUUGUUAAAAAAAGGAAUGUGUAAUGUUUGCUUAUGAUAUUGCCUUUUGUUCUGUCCACAUGUUUUAAUUGUAAAUAAAGUAAUUAGCACAUUU